ACUAUUUAAGCUCGCUGAUGCAACGCGACCCGAGCGCUUUAAGAGAAGGAAGGAGUCUCGAGCGGUGCGGAGAUCCCGGAUUACUAAACACAACAAGAGUGAUGAUGCCGAAUCUGACUCCAUUCGCGGGUUUUCCCGCCUCCACACUGAGCGAGCAGCUCAAACUGGCCGAGAUUUUCAGUCUGCAGGCCACCAUGACCCCCGGUGAGCUUACACACACGGGCAAGAGACCAUUCAGCCUUCUGCAGAGCGAGAUGGCUGAUGAGGAAGAGCGGAGGAAGAGGAGGAGAGAGAAGAAUAAAGUUGCGGCGGCCCGUUGUCGCAACAAGAAGAAGGAGAGGACCGACUUCCUUCAGAAAGAGUCAGAGCGGUUGGAGGUAGUAAACACCGAGCUGAAGUCUCAGAUCGAGGAACUGAAGCAGGAACGUCAACGUCUCAUCCACAUGCUCAACCUCCACCGUCCCACCUGCAUCGUCCGCAGAGACAGCGUCCAGACCCCGGAGAGCGAGAAGAACCCGCUGCUGGAGCAGAUCUCGCCAUCGUGAGACGUUCCAGAGACGUCCAGAAGGACAGAGAGGAGAUUUCACCAUCAAACCAGAUCACCUCAACAGACUAGACACUCAGUUUUGUCCUGAAAAGACUGAAAGAUGAGUUUGAGAUGGACAUGAGGACAUCUGGGAGUUUUUUUUUUUUAAACCACAAACCAAGAUACCAAAAAAGACCAUUUCCUGUUUUUUUGUGUGGGCUUAAUUCAUCGGAGACGAGACCAAGUCACUCAACAUUAUGUUAUUUCCGUUUUUUUCCCACGACUGCCUAGGUGCAAAAAAAAGAGAGAUUUAUUUUUUCUCCCCAACCUGAGAAACAGGAGAAACAGGAAGUCUCAUUUAUUGGCUCUCUGGGACUGACACGAGACAGAGCUUUAAACAAAACUACUUUCACUUCCAAAGCAGACCUACUUCCUGUGGAUGUUGUGGAUUUCCUGUGACUAUGUCUUCAAAACUUGACGGAGAUGAGAUGCACGUGCAGGAAUGCGUGAAGUCUUCCAUUUCUCUUGUCUUUUAGUCACAAGUUCUUGAUUUUUUUUUGUUUGUUUGUUUGUUUUGUGCACUGACUUCCUUGUUUUGUAUCCUUUGAAACAGGAAGCCACAGAAGUAGCAGCACAUCUUGCCCCGAAGCAUUUAACUGGACAAUUAUACGAUAUAUAUUGCGAUCUUCAGCAUGUUGUUGUUCAUUGAGCAUCAUCAUUACUUGCAUUAGGAAGGGAUCGUUCUUGGGCGUAAAAACAAAAUUGCCGACUGAAUGGUCAUGAAGGGGUUUUAUUACUGUGCUACUCUUUAGCCUGAUGAUGCAAUCUGGAAUGCGGCCACAAGCUAGUUAGCUAGUUAGCAUGCUCGUCAGAAAGCCUCUGUGGUUCAGGUCGGCUAAAGGCAACAUGUGCAAUUGUUAAGAUUAGCAUUUUAGCACGAUGUCUGGUUUUUGGGGAGGUAACUCGUGGAUAAACGUGUGGAGAAAUUAUGACUCAUGACUAUAUUAAUGUACAAAACUCCGGCCAGCCACCAGAUGGCGCUCUUGACAAUGUUGUGUAGAGUCUUUUGUUUUUGAACGCGAACAAUGAAGUUAAAGAGAGAUUAUAAUAUUUUUAGAAUUUGCCAUGUGUUUAUAAAUGUAUACACCAUUUAAACAGAGCUAAAUUAAUAUUUAUAAGCCUCAAAACUUUAUAAAUAGAACGACUUAAUAAUAACUUAAUAAAGAGAAAACUCAUGUAACUUUAUCGCCCCCUGGUGCCAUAUAACAGUAUCAGGGCUUGGUCGUAUGUGUGUGAUACCGAGCCCUGGUGUGUUUUUGUAAUAACUGUAUUAUACGUGAAUGUUUUUUUUUUUACAUGAUGUAUUUGGUUGUAUCAAAUGCUACAUGAAACACUUUUUUACCGUCACUUGAUGUGAAGAAUUGUUUGUGAUAUUAUAUUAUACUUUUUUAAACAGAUUUGCUGAGAUCUGCUGUGCGGAGUCUCUCAGCUCCAUGUGGAACUACUAAUAAUGUCUUUUGUUAUGUUUUAGGAAUAAAAUAAAUGAAAAUAUAGGAACAUGAAA